AUGGCGUCCACGGCGCACACAACCGGUGCCAAUGGCAAUGCCGAAGAGCUCAGGAGGAGAAAUGUUGCACAACCUACUGGACCUUACGCAGCGAAGGCUCCAGAGACGGAGAAGUCAAAGGAAAAGCCCUUCACCGUUUUGGGUGCUAUAGAUGACUACGAAUUCAUCUGGGCACCGAUACUUUUCACCGCCCUUGCCUUCUUCACGCGCAUGUGGAAGAUUGGCUUGUCUCCCAUCGUUACGUGGGACGAAGCUCAUUUCGGUAAAUUCGGUUCGCAUUACCUCAAGCGCGAGUUCUACUUCGAUGUCCACCCCCCGCUAGGAAAGAUGUUGGUUGGAUUGUCCGGGUACCUCGCUGGUUACAAUGGUUCUUUUGAGUUCAAGUCUGGCGAGACAUACCCACCGGAGCUGAACUACACUUUCAUGCGUGUUUUCAACGCCUGCUUCGGUGCUCUAUGCGUUCCCGUAGCCUACUUCACCGCAAAGGAGCUCAACUUCCGUAGGCCUACCGUCUGGCUCGUCACUAUCAUGGUACUCUUCGAGAACUCGUACACCACCAUCAGCAGGUUCAUUCUUUUGGAUUCGAUGCUGCUCCUCUUCACAUUCACCACCGUUCUGUGCUGGGCCAAGUUCCACCGCCUCCAGCAUGACCCAUUCUCGCCUGAGUGGGGAUUGUGGUUGAUGUUGACUGGUGUCUCCAUCGGUUGCGUCUGCAGUGUCAAAUGGGUCGGCUUUUUCGUUACUGCUUUGGUUGGUCUCUACACCAUUGAAGAUCUGUGGAACAAAUUUGGCAACUUGAAGAUGCCCAAGGUUGAAUUGGCCACACAUGUGGGAUUCCGUGUGUUUGGCUUGAUCGUCAUCCCCCUCGCCGUCUACAUGUUCUCUUUCUUCCUUCACUUCCUCAUCUUGGAGAACAGCGGUCCCGGAGACGCGCAGAUGAGCUCCCUCUUCCAGGCGAACCUUCGUGGUACUGAGGUUGGUAAGGACAGCCCUCUUGAGAUUGCGUUUGGUUCCCGCGCAACUUUGAAGAAUAUGGGUUACGGAGGUGGUUUGCUCCACUCUCAUCACCAGACUUUCCCGGAGGGCUCCCAGCAACAGCAGAUCACUUGCUACCACCACAAAGAUUCCAACAACGACUGGUUCUUCUACCCCAACCGUGGCGAGGCUGAUUACACCCCGGAGGAGGAGCUUCGCUUCCCAGGAAAUGGCGACACCAUCCGUUUGAUCCAUGCCCAAACUGGCCGCAAUCUUCACUCCCAUCAGAUCGCCGCUCCUGUGACCAAGGCCGACUACGAAGUUUCCUGCUACGGCAACACCACCGUUGGUGACACCAAGGAUCAUUGGAUCAUUGAAGUUGUUCGUGAUGCUGCUUCGAGGGAUUACUCCAAGAUUCGCACUCUUACCACUUCUUUCCGUUUGAGACAUGCCGAUCUUGGUUGCUACCUCCGCGCUGGCAACGUCAACUUGCCGCAAUGGGGUUUCAAGCAGAUUGAGACCACCUGUGUUAAGCAGAACAAGCCGCGUGAUGUCUACACUCACUGGAACGUGGAGAGCCACUGGAAUGAGAAGCUCCCUCCUGGCGACCCUGGCUCCUACAAGUCUCCUUUCUUCCAAGACUUUAUCCAUCUUAAUGUGGCCAUGAUGACUUCCAACAACGCUCUUGUCCCUGAUCCCGAUAAGCAAGACGAUCUUGCUUCCAGCUUCUGGCAAUGGCCUAUUUUGCACGUUGGUCUGCGUAUGUGCGGCUGGAAUGACGAUAUCGUCAAAUACUUCCUUCUCGGAAACCCAGCUGUUUACUGGGGAAGCACUGCCAGUCUGGGAAUUUUCGGUCUGAUCGUGCUCUGGUACCUCGUCCGAUGGCAACGUGGUUAUGACGAGUUGAAGCAGGCCGACAUCGAUCAGAUUCAUUACUCUGGUCUUUACCCCGUUAUCGGUUGGGUGCUUCACUACAUUCCAUUCGUCGCUAUGGGACGUGUUACCUAUGUUCACCAUUACUACCCCGCUCUCUAUUUCGCCAUCUUGACCGCCGGCUUCUGUAUCGAUUGGGCCACAAGGAAGCUCAACAAACAAGUCAACUGGAUCAUCUUCGGUGCUUUGUAUGUUCUUAUCAUUGGACUAUUCUGGCUGUUCCGCGCCCUCUGCUUUGGUAUGGAGGGAUCAAGCACACAAUGGCGCCACCUCAAAUGGUUCAGUUCCUGGAGGAUGACGGAUUAA